AUGUCGGAAAAUCGACAAAGAGAAGAGAUCGAGGUUGCUUCUCCCACGACCCCACAGUUAAAGAGGCACUCGUCUCAACUCAGCGUUGAGUACAAGACACUUACAAUAAAGCUCGAAGAAGCGCGCACGAAGACUAUCGAAGUCGAUGAUAAAAGAAUAAAGGAUGAACUCGACAUUAAUUAUCAUAAACUGACCCUUAAUGAACUUGGUCUUCGCUUCGCCACUUCCAUUUCGUCGGGGAUUUCUUCAGCAUCGGCCGCCCGUAGGUUACAACGUAACGGCAAGAAUAUAAUCUCCCCACCCGAGUCCAAACUGUUUAUCAAAUUUUUCGAAUACUCAUUCGGUGGCUUCUGUCCAUUGCUAUGGUUUGCGUCAUUGAUAUGUUUUCUUGCCUGGAAACCUCUCGGUGAACCCACUCCCGACAAACAGAACCUGGGUCUUGCUAUUCUCCUUCUGAUUGUGAUUUUUCUCCAAGCGAUGUUUAAUGGUUACCAAGACUGGACAACAAACUCU